CUGAGGCUGAAGUAUUAGCUGUCACAUUUCUGAUCGAAUGAUUUUUGAUAUAGAAUAGCUUCGUUUAUUUCAUAUAAAAUAAUAAAAUGGCCAAGAAAACUUAUGAUCUGUUAUUUAAACUGCUCCUUAUUGGUGACUCUGGUGUUGGCAAAACUUGUAUAUUGUUUAGGUUUUCAGAUAAUCACUUCACAACGACAUUUAUUUCCACUAUUGGUAUAGAUUUCAAAAUCAAAACAGUAGAACUUCGAGGUAAAAAAAUCAAACUCCAAAUUUGGGACACAGCUGGACAAGAACGAUUCCACACGAUCACUACUUCCUACUACCGUGGGGCGAUGGGGAUAAUGCUGGUUUACGACAUAACAAAUGAAAAAACAUUUGAUGAUAUUGUCAAGUGGUUAAGAAAUAUAGAUGAGCAUGCCAACGAAGACGUGGAAAAAAUGAUACUGGGUAACAAGUGUGACAUGGAAGAGAAGCGAGUAGUCAGCAAAGAGCGGGGAGAAGCAAUCGCGCACGAGCACGGCAUCCGGUUCAUGGAGACGUCGGCCAAGUCCAACAUCAACAUCGACCGCGCCUUCUCCGAGCUGGCGGAGGCCAUCCUGGACAAGUCGGCGGGGCGCGAGGCGGACGCGGACCACGCGCGCAUCGCGGUGGAGCGCCGCCCGUCGCGCGCGCCGCCCGCGCGCGCCUGCUGCUCCUAGAGCCGCCGCGCCGCCCGCCGCCCGCCGCCGCGCCGCCCGCCGCCGCCCGCCGGACACGCUGUCGUUUUUAUUUAUUCUAUGUAUAUAACCGUUUCGAAUGUAGAUAAAUGAUUCGCCCGGCUCUCGCGUCGCGGCCGCCGAUCGCUGUUUUUCGGAACGCACGCCCUCGGCGUUUCGGUCGGACGCGGAUCCGUCGCGAUUGGCUCUGCGCGUGCGGAAUGCCCUCGUUUGCGUCGCGAUCGCUUUUUAAAGUUACGUUAUCUUCGAAGCCACGAUAUAAGCGUGAGGUCUUUAGCUUAUAGUCGUAGUCGGUCUCGUUGUAUUUCAACUUAAUCCUCGCUUCUUUGCAUAGUACGUGUUACUUAUUUGUUAUGAUGUCUCUUAUAUAUGUCGGUGAUCGUAACUGUUGUGUAGAUGCGAGCCUCGACACCGGCUGCAAGCUGGCAACGGUGUCGUGUCGCGACGGUAGCCGCCUCGGCUCCGUCUGAGCUGUAGGUUUGAGUGAUGCGUGUGCAAUAAUUCUCCACGACGACGGUGUUCAACAUAAAGUAACGAUGAACGAGAUAUUUUAUUUACUACAUUAUUAACUUUUAUUAAUCACACGUCGGCUUGUUGGAAAGAUAAAGUGCAAUUGAAACAGGUAAUUUACGGAACAAUAGCAGAUUACUUGAAAACUCCAAUAGCGUAUAGUGAAUAGUUUCAUAUAAAGAUUUAUAUUGAGGAUCGAAAGCUACAUGCUUCGUUGCAUCUAACUCCAAAGCGCAGCUUAGCUAUGAACAGCGACAUAUCUGCGGAAGCAAUAGGUAUACUUAAAUUACUUUUAUCAGCCAAUAUUUAUGGCGACAUUUUUAAUAAUACAUUAUAACUUACGUAUAAUCAUAGUUUAAUUUAGUGAUCGCUCUUCCGAUCGUAUCGUUGUCGAUUUCGUUGUAUUCGUGUCGACUGUACUUAAACUUGUUUAUAAGUCAAAUUCUUAUGUGGAGUCUUAAAGUUGAAGGUAUUUAGAAAAUUAAAUUCUAAACGUUGUCGUUCGAAACCUACCUCCAGAUUUUUAUCGCUGAUCAAAAUCAGAUUACUAUCGCUCUAACUUGGCUUUAAUUUGUAUGGUCAUUGGUCGGUUGCACCAGAUGACGCAAUACGCGACCAAUUAGCGAUUAGUUAUUCACAUUGGUAAAGCUGACUUUGAUCAGCAUUUCGAAAACUAGAAAUAAUUUCGGGAGUGAAGAGAUUUUACUAAAUUAGACUAAUGAAAUUUAGGUUAUUAUAUAAGUGAACUUGUACUUUAUUAUAAUGUACGUUGAUGGAUUAUUAAAAAAAUACUAUUUUAUCGUACGGUGUAUGUGUCUCGUCGUCGGUUUUUACCCGCUUUUAUAAAUAAACAUCGGCAUUGUAUAUUAUGUUCAUAAUAAACAACCUAUGGUA